AUUGGACAUUCGUUCCUGUUGGCAUGACGUUAGAAACCUGUACAUUAUUAAAUAGUGACCUUGACAUGGAAGACAUCGUUCGGAAUGAUAACAGUUUCUUGAGACAUAAAGUAAAGCUACUAGAAAUAAGCGAUAGCUAUGGAACAAAUCUGUGAGUCUUUUUAUGUAUAUUAAGUGAGAAACGUAUUCAACAGAUUUCAACACUUGAAGAACUGUGUGAAACAAAUGUUAUCGCUUCAAAAGUCAAAUGACUUCAGCGAUUUCGAGGUUCUUAGUAGUCGCUUGAAAGCGGAAAAUAAAAGGCACGGCUUAGAAGACCUUACAGUUUCUAAUCCUGCUGCCUUUUCAACGGCGAAAAUUCAGCAGAAGCUGUUCACGAAAAGUUCGGAAGAUGAUGAGGAGCCUGUUGCGGACGAAAGCGAUGAACACCCAUUGCCCAACGUAGUGGAAAACGCAUUCUAUUUUGAAAAUGCAGGUAUAGGAAUCGGACGCAUCGAGACUGUUGCACUGAACAUGGCAAUAAAAGCUUUAGUGAAUACACAAGCUGUUCAAAGUGCACGAUUUUGGGGGAAAAUUUUCGGUGUAAUACAGAAUUAUUACGUAGUUGAGGUGGAGUUUGCUGAAGGGGAAGACGUAGACGAAGAAGAGGAUGCGAAUUCACUUAGCCAAGAGACAGCCGAAGUAUCUGAUGAGAAUGGGCAGGAAGGCAAAGAAGAGUUUCCAAAAUCUAAAUGGAAGCCACCAAUUAAGAUCCCUCGAGAGGAGAAUCAUGUUGGAACUAAUAAGAAAGUUUAUUUUGUCUGUCACGAACCAGGUCUACGGUGGAUAAAACUACCACCAGUAACACCCGAACAGAUAGUAGCUGCUCGAGCUGUGCGGCGUCUAUUCACUGGCAUAUUGGAUGCCCCAGUAGCCUGUUACCCACCUUUCCCUGGUACUGAAGCUAAUUAUUUGCGUGCCCAGAUAGCUAGGAUCAGUGCAUCUACACAAAUAUCUCCAGCAGGCUAUUACACUGUUGAAACGAACGAAGAAGAAGAGGAGCUUGAAAAUGAAGAAGAAGGUGGACGACAAAACUAUAUUAAAAAUGAAGAAUAUGAACCACUAAGUAUGAAUGUGUUGGCUGAUCCAAGUCUUGAACACUGGGUUCAUCACACAUCUUACAUUCUACCACAAGGAAGGGUUUACUGGUGGAACCCGAGGAAAGGUUUAGGGGAAGACUUUGAUGAGUUCAACGAUGAAGAGGAAGAAAACGAAGAAGAUGAUGGUAAUACAAAAAAUGCAGUGAAACCAGAACAUGGACCGCCUAUACUUACACCAAUUUCAUCUGAUUUCCCUAUAUUUGGACAAAAGCCUUGGUCAGUCAAAAUGAGUUCCAACUUAUUACCUGAGUAUGCAUGUGUUGUUGUAUCAUCAAAUCUUUGGAUUGGAGCGCAUGCAGUUGCUUGGGGCAGACGUUUUGAAAACAUCUACAUUGGCUGGGGCGUGAAAUCAGUGAUUUCAGGUUUUCAACCUCAAUUACAACCAAUUGAAAUGAAUGAAUAUCAAGAAAUGUCUGAUUUAAAUGAAGCCAUUGAUCCAACCCCAGCAGAAGAGAGUGCAUUAAGAACACUGCUCAACCCACCUGAAGCCGAAGAUGAAACGAAAGAAGAACAAGAAGAAGAAGAGGACGAUUGAUUAAAUGUAUCACGAAAACACUAAGAAUAAUUCAGUUAAAUGGACAGGAACAUUAAUUUGUAAAAUUCUUUAUACUUUUAGUGAACAUUUUAUUGUGCAUAUUAUUUUGAUUUGUUUUGUAGCAAAAAUUCAUGAGUACCGUAGGAAAUAUUUCAAUUUCGCACCGGUUGUUACACAGGCAAACAAAGAGAGUAGAAAUUUUACACGAAUAUAUUAGAGACUUCAGAUGUUGGAAUAAUGCUUACGAGAUAUCAUAAAGUAAACAUGUUCGAUGGGUUUGUAAAUAACAGAGUAUCAUAACUGAAUAAUUACUUUUUCUGUCGAGACACGACACUAAUAAAAUCAAACUGAGUGGGUGAUAGUUUCACACAUUUUCUUGAGACAUUAGCGGCAAACAUAAUUUCUACAAAAAACAUCCUACUAACUACAAGACUGACAACUCAAAAUAAUAACCGUGUAUGGUCCAUCCCACUUUGGCAGCAGUCUGCGUGACCCUAGCACGUAUUCGCCUCACACUAUCAUAUACUGCCUUCGCCUGACCUCUCAGCAGCGUUCCAAGUAAAAGCCUCUUCACUGACAGAUUUGGAACGCCAUUCAACUCCGCAACAGCCUCGAAAUCCUGCAAGAAGAUCCAUACGUCUCCUUCAAAAACAGAGCCUACAGAGCAUAGGCUCCUCAUUUGUCGGCAGGCAGAUACACCAAAUGUAACAUCAGAAGGCAAGACACGGAAGUAAACGUAUAUUUUCAAAUGAUUAAACCGUUACUUAUAUCUAUACAGUUUAAAUUCUUUAACCAAUAACUAAGAGUGUGAUUUUGGUUUACAUUGAACUAUAUGAAAUAGAAUGUUCAAAUACACAUAUAGUAUUCUGUUGCUAUUGAAGUAUUGAACUGUGGGAAUAGGUGAGAAUAAUAUACCGUUGGAACACAUUGUCUGUAUCACCCCACCACAGUAUUAUUGUACCUAUUUGGUUAUUCUUGCUAACUUCCGGAAAUAAUCUGUGUUAAAUAAUUAAUUACACAGUGAUCAGAGGUUUUAAAAUCCCAUGCAAUACAAGAA